AUGGCGAGUGCGAACUCCGCGGCGACCGGGCUGCUCCAGGCAAACUUCCUGGCGAAUUGUGCCUAUGCGUCCGGAGCAGCCCUCAUAUUCUAUGAACAUAUUACUACGCUCAACCAAGAGGUUAAAUUCUUUUGGGGAAAGAGGUCAUUCCCGGCAGUUCUCUUCUUCAUCAAUCGACUUGUGACGCUCAUCUAUGGCGCUGUAUAUAUCGCACCGACAAUGAAUAUACACUCACAAACUUCUGACAGAAUGCCACGGCAGAGCUGUGAAAUAGUAAAUUACGCACUUUACGGUCUUGCGCUCGCAAUCGCGGCCGUUUCCCUAGUGGUCACGGUACAGCGAGUAUAUGCGGUGACCGAACGUGACUGGCGUCCUACCAUAAUUAUUGCGUUGACAGGCAUUGUGUUAUUGGGGCUCGAUAUUGUCGAAGUAACAAUCGCCCUCCUUGUUAUUUCUGUGGUCAGCAAUGUUUUAGUGCUCGGUGUCAUCUGGACGAUGCUAUACAAACAACUCGGCCGGAACUCCACUGGAGUGUUUUCACAGAGGCCAUCACUCGUGGCAUUGUUGCUGAGAGAUGGUACGAUUCAGUUCGUAACACUACUACUGCUGAAUGCCGGCAUCAACAUAUCAACAUUUAUUGGCCAGAACGCCCAAUAUGUUAUCAACAAUUUGGACCAACCGCUGAAUACAAUUCUUGUCUCUCGUGUUCUGCUAAACAUCCAAGAAACGGCCCGAGCCGCACAGAGGGAGCAAUCCGAUACUCCCUCGUUUGUGCGCUCAGAUCAUGGCAUGCAGAUUGAAGCGGACAUCGACAUACCCAGCCUUGUGAUCCCUUCUGAUGCCUCAAACGGCAUCCCCGCAGUCGGCCCAGAGACGGAACCUUCCGUAGCCACCGCCAGCCGGGUAAAUGCUGUCCCAGACGAGACAAUGCUUGCCGGCCCUUCGAAUCAACACCGUCGUCGUGAAGCACAGGAGGUUGAGGUACCCAUGGAGGCUGGACCCUUCGGCCAAGGCGGCGAGGACGAUGUGGAGCAAAGGCAGGUGGAGGGAGAGGCCGCAGAGGAUUGGGAGGAAGAAGACGAUUGGGAGGACGACUACUAA